GUUAUAAAAAAAAAAAUGUCACUGAACUGUCUUCUCUUCUUCUUCCUCAUUAUCCACCAUGCCUCCGCCGGAAUCUCACCAUCGGAGCCAAAUUACGUUAACUCCUUGCUUCCUUCUGAUGCCGUAGCCUUACUGUCUUUCAAAUCCACCGCCGAUCUCGACAACAAGCUCUUGUAUUCCCUCACAGAGCGCUACGACUACUGUCAAUGGCGCGGCGUCAAAUGUGCUCAGGGCCGUGUCGUUCGCCUUGUCCUCUCCGGCGUUGGUCUCCGUGGCUAUUUCUCUACGGCGACUCUUAGCCGUCUCGACCAGCUCCGAGUUCUGAGUCUCGAGAAUAACUCGCUCUUUGGCCCGAUUCCUGAUGUCUCCACACUCGUUAACCUUAAAUCCCUUUUCCUCCGCCGGAAUGAGUUUUCUGGAACUUUCCCUCCGUCGAUUCUCUCUCUUCACCGGUUAAUGGUCCUCUCUCUUUCGUACAACAACUUCACCGGUCCGAUUCCGUCAGAGAUCAACGCUCUUGACCGGCUAAUUUCCUUGAAUCUGGAGUAUAACCGCUUCAACGGAACUCUCCCUUCGUUGAAUCAGUCGUUUCUGACGUCGUUUAACGUUUCCGGUAACAAUCUAACCGGAGUUAUCCCCGCUACACCGACUCUGUCGCGAUUCGACGCAUCGGCGUUUAGGUCUAACCCUGGGCUCUGCGGCGAGAUCAUUAGCCGAGCUUGCGCUUCACGCUCGCCGUUCUUCGGGUCGACUAACAAGACGUCAUCAAACUCUUCGUCGUCGCAGGCUCCACUGGGCCAAAGCGCGCAGGCCCAGAACGGUGGAGCAGUGGUGAUUUCACCGGUGGUUUCGAGGAAGAAAGGGAAAGAGACUGGGUUAGUUCUGGGCUUCACUGUGGGUCUCGCUUCGCUUAUCGUCCUUGGUCUUUGCCUCGUUGUAUUCUCUCUGGUGAUGAAGAAACGGAACGACGACGGGACUUACGAACCGAGUCAGAAAGGAGAUGCAUCAUCCUCCUCGCAACAACACCAAAAUCAAACUACUCCGACGACAAGAAGAACCGUCGCGAUUGAAUCUCACAAGCGCCAAAUGGGAAAUGAAAAAGAAGACAAGCUUCAAUUUCGAGCUACAGAGCCACAAAGCCGUAUCUCAAAUAGCGGGAACCUGGUUUUCUGCGGCGACGGAAGAGAAUCGAGCCAAGGGAUGUACACUCUUGAGCAGCUUAUGCGAGCUUCGGCGGAGCUACUGGGAAGAGGAUCGGUGGGGAUUACGUACAAGGCGGUGCUGGACAAUCAGCUUAUCGUGACGGUGAAGAGACUAGACGCGGCCAAGACGGCGGUGACAAGCGAAGAAGCGUUCGAGAAUCACAUGGAGAUUGUUGGUGGACUCAGGCACUCCAAUCUCGUUCCGAUUAGGGCUUACUUUCAAUCAAACGGAGAGAGGCUCAUCAUCUACGAUUACCAACCAAAUGGUAGCCUUUUCAAUCUUAUUCACGGUUCAAGAUCCUCAAGAGCAAAGCCAUUACAUUGGACAUCAUGUUUAAAGAUUGCAGAAGAUGUCGCUCAAGGCUUGUAUUACAUCCACCAAACAUCGUCAGCAUUAGUCCAUGGAAACCUAAAAUCAACAAACAUCCUCCUUGGUCAAGAUUUCGAAGCCUGUUUAACGGAUUACUGCCUCAGUGUCUUAACUGACUUAUCUUCUUCUGUUUCACCUGAUGAUCCUGACUCUUUCUCGUACAAAGCCCCAGAAAUCAGAAAAUCAUCCCGCAGACCAACUUCCAAAUGUGAUGUCUACUCGUUUGGUGUCUUAAUCUUUGAGCUUCUGACCGGUAAGAAUGCAUCGAGGCAUCCAUUUAUGGCGCCUCAUGAUAUGCUUGAUUGGGUUAGAGCAAUGAGAGAAGAAGAGGAAGGAGCCGAGGAUAAUAGGCUUGGGAUGAUGACUGAAACUGCUUGUCUUUGCCGUGUGACAUCGCCAGAGCAAAGGCCGACAAUGAGACAAGUGAUUCAGAUGAUUCAGGAGAUUAAGGAAAGUGUUAUGGCUGAAGAGAACGAUCCGUUCCGUUGAAAUGGAAACUCGUAGGUUUCCUCCGACCAAUUUUCCCAGGGGAGGGGGUAAAACUAGUUAAAGGAGGAUAUAGGUGCGUAAAUGUAUUUUUCUUAGGAUAUGGGGUCGGUUUUGUAACACGUUUGAAAUUAUUUGGAGGACCAAAGUCAAAGAA